UUCUCGGUAAGAACGCGGCAUGAUUAAAUAAUUAGAAGCAAAAAGAAAACAAACGAAUUGCAUAAUUAUCUACCAGUGUCCUAGUAACACAGAUUUCCAUUAUGAUUAAUUUCUUCUUUCGUCAGGAAGGUUGAAGAAAGCUGAUGUUAAACAGCAAGCGUCUGACCCCGCUCUACGAAUCGUUAGCGUCGUAUUUCCUGAAGCCUUCAAGAGGACGUGCCGUUUUUGCAAAGACUUCACCAGUCCACCUCAUCAGCCUUAGGACAAUGGCGAAGAGCAAAUUCGAAUACGUCAGGAAUUUUGAGGUUGAUGACACCUGUUUAAGAAACUGCUGGAUUGUGGUUAGAUUGGAUGGGAGGAAUUUCCACAAGUUUGCAGAGCAGCACAGUUUUACAAAGCCUAAUGAUGACCGUGCAUUGAACCUGAUGACUAGGUGUGCCCAGGCAGUGAUGGAGGAGCUGGAGGAUAUAGUGAUCGCUUACGGGCAGAGUGACGAGUACAGCUUUGUUUUCCAAAAGAAGUCAAACUGGUUCAAAAGAAGAGCCAGCAAAUUCAUGACACAUGUGGCCUCCCAAUUUGCUUCAAGUUACGUGUUUUAUUGGAAGGAUUAUUUUCAGGACCAGACUCUUCUGUACCCACCAGGGUUUGAUGGGAGAGUCAUUCUGUACCCCAGCAAUCAGAAUCUCCGCGAUUACCUUAGCUGGAGGCAGGCUGAUUGCCAUAUCAAUAACCUUUUCAACACAGUGUUUUGGAAUUUGGUGCAGAAAGGUGGACUGACAACUUCUCAGGCCGAAGAGAAAUUGAGGGGUACUCUUUCAGGAGAUAAAAAUGAGAUUUUGUUUUCUGAGUUCAACAUCAAUUACAAUAACGAGCCUCUGAUCCACAGGAAAGGCACUGCUCUUGUUUGGAAGAAGAUUGAUGAAAUCACAACGAAAACAAUAAAACUUACAAAUGAAGAGAAAGAAAAAGAAAUUGUAGUAACAAGGACCUGGAAAAAAGUCACGCCUCUGCAUUGUGACCUCAUCGGGGAGGAGUUUUGGGAAGAGCACUCAGAGAUUUUGGAAGAUAACAGCUAGCUGAUGACACAACUGACACUGCAGUUUCUAAAGUGCUGAGAGCUGAGCAGAGCGCUCUGUAAUGUUAGGUUUGUGGGACAACAAGGGAGGAGGCAUUUGGUCUAACCACCUGUUGAGAUGGAUUCACAGGGCUUACUAUAGGCUUUAGCAGGAAUUUUCAGAAGACUUCUCUGUAAUUUGUGAAUUCAUAUUCCUGAUGACCCCUUGAAUAAUCAUUCCUAGAGUAGAGGUCAGAGACAAAGCUGUUAUUUAUCUAAAUGUAUAUUUUUUAUAGGCAUGUUAUAGAACAAAAGCAAUAUUUCUGAAAACUCUUAACAAGGAAUUUUGACCAACCAAAACAAGGGAAAUUGAUUCAACAAAUACUUUAGUUUUCCUAACUAAGCAUUUAGACAUUAUCUGAAAGCAAAUGUCUAUUGACAGUAGGGGCAGACUUUAAUAAUAAUUUUAAUAAAUAAUAAUAAAUGGUGACUAUUGUAUUCCUUUUUAAAUGUGUAUUAUUUUAUUAUUGCAGCUGGCAAGUUCAUUUUUAUUUAUUUAUUUUCUGCGUUAUGAGAAUUAACCAUACCUUUAAAUUGCAUUGUUUUUCUUAUAUCCUGUACAAUUUCAAUUCGAAUUCCAAUAAAACAAGUAGACAUA